UAUAUAUAUACAUACAUACACACUCAAGAAAACCACAAUAAGUUCUUAGUAAGUAACAAAACUUUAGAAAAUCAGAAGGAUAUUCAGAUUGCAUCAUCUAGAAACAUUUCUAAUGACAACCAAGAAAACUUCAUCUGUUGUAUUACCUUUGUUGCUGGUUUUCGCACUCAUCCUUAUGCCCAUGGUUGCAGGCCAACUUAAGUCUACAUGUCGUAUUGCGGAGGCAUGGAAAGGCGCAAAGGAAUGUAAUGCAAAAUGUGCAGCACUAGGUACGACGAGAGGGGGUGUUUGUCAAAAAUUCCUAGGUGAUCUUUACUGUUGCUGCUGGGAUUAAUUCCUAAUUAAAAUGUACUCUCAAUAAACAAUAUGUACUCGCAUCGGUAUGAAUAAAAGUACGUUUUCGACCAAAUAUAUAUAUAUAUAUAUACAUUUGUAUUAUCUCA